AUGGCAUCCCCAACAACUUCGACUCAAGAUUAUCAUGCGAACCCGGAGACUCCACUUUCAACUGGUGAUGCUGUUAGAAGGGAUAUGAUGCAUGAACUUUUUGGAUCUUCCGCCGAAAGCGAAAAUAGCAUGGAGCAUGAAGUUAUGAAUGAAGAUGAUGGAGAUUCCUAUGAACUUUCAAACCAAAUUGAAGAAGAUGGAGAUGAGAAUAUGGAGGAUGAAGAAGAUUUAUUUGGAGCUGAUAAGCAUGCAUGUGAAGAGUUCAUGAAAAAUGGGCCUCAAUCUGGUUUAGAGUUUGAAAGUAGAGAACGGCUCUUUGCAACAUAUCAAGCUUUUGCGAAGGUAAAGGGAUUUAGUAUUAUAACAAGAACUGCACGUGAUGAUAAGUAUCUUUUGCUCGCAUGCGGAAGGGCCCGAAAGCCAAAUGUAAAGAAAUACACUAAGAAAAUCAAUUGUACUGCUCGUUUGAAUGCGAUAAAACAGGACAACGGCAAUUGGAAGAUUUCAACAUUUUGCAAUGAGCAUAACCACGAUCUAGAGCCACAACUUUCAGAAUUUAUGCCGGCACAUAGGCACCUGACAACUCAUUUGAAGGUCCUUUUAGAGGCAUAUGAUCGUGCAGGAUCAAGGUUAUGUAAGAGUGUAAGAACGAUGGAAGUUCUUGCCGGCGGGCCAUCUAAUUUAGGAGCUUCGACGAGAGAUUGCAGAAAUCAUGUUGACAAAAUGCGGAGGCUAAGACUAGGAGAUGGAGAUGCUAAUGCCAUUCAAAAGAUGUUUAAGAGGCCGCAGCAAAAUGAUAGAGACUUCUUUUAUCUGAUCGAUAUUGGUGAUGAUUCUAGACUUCGCCAUGUCAUGUGGAUUCAUCCGCGGAGUCGGGCUGCAUACCAGGAUUUCCACGACGUCGUGAGCUUUGACAUGACUUAUCUCGUCAAUCAAUACAAUAUGCCUUUUGGAACUGUUGUAGGGGUUAAUCAUCACCACCACUCCAUUCUAUUAGGAUGUUGUCUAUUGAACGACGAGCGUGCAGAAUCAUUCAAAUGGUUCUUCAGGAAUUGGCUGGACGCAAUGGGAAGUGUUCAACCAACGACAAUUUUGAGUGAUCAAGAUGAAAGCAUUACGAUUGCAUUGAGAGAAGUAUUGCCUGACAGUAUCCACCGCUUCUGUUUAUGGCAUAUUGUUUCGAAGAGCUCCAAGAAAUUCAGAGGUAUCGCUAAUUUUGAAAUGGCUUGUUUAGAUUUCAAUCGAGUGAUACAUGGCAGUUUUAGUAUUCCGGAAUUUGAAAAGAAUUGGCUCGAUUUUCAAGUUAAGUAUAACUUACAUGAAAAUAGUUGGAUAAAAAACUUAUAUGAAAUAAGGCAAAGUUGGGUGCCAGUAUACUCAAAGCACAUCUUUUGGGCUGGCAUGAUGUCGACUCAAAGAAGUGAGUCAAUGCAUGCAUUCUUCGAUAAUUACAUCAAUUCGAGGAGUACUUUGAAAAUCUUUGUUGAGCAAUAUGAGAUUUGUAUCAUCGAUAAGAUUCGGAAAGAGCUUCAAGCUGAAUAUUCGACGAAGUGCAGGCCUAUCACUUGUGUGUCAGAGUUUAAGUGGGAAUCACAAUUUGCUAAGGUAUACACUAAUAAUAUCAUGGAGCUUCUUCAGAAACAAGUUAAAAAGAUUUGGAAUUGCAAUCUCAUUUUGUUGGAGUCAGAUAGUAGCUCAAUGGAUAGAUAUGAUAUUACUGAGACACGUACAUCGAGUAAGUAUCCCUCUCCCAGCGAGCUACAUUUCAUGGUUGAGCAUCGGCCUGCUGGGGGCUAUUUUGAUUGCAAUUGCAAGAAAUUCGAGAACAAAGGUGCAUAUCCAUACAUGUCCAAGGAGUAUAAACAAUUUCAAGAGAUGGAACAAGAGUUUAUAAAAUGCAGCAAUUUGGCAAUUGAUUCGGAGGAGAAAAUCAGUUUUGUCAAAGAUAAGUUCAAAGAAAUUCAAAGAGAUCUUAAGAGAUGGAAACCUGCCGGCACAAUUUCUCUUCAAAGCCAAAAUACAUCUGAAGCAAUAGAAAUUGAUGCAAGUGAUAUUCCUAUUUUAGAUCCAGUUGUUGUCACUCGCAAAGGAAGGCCGAGGACUGCUCGAUUUAAAGAUCCAGCUGAAAAUAGGAAAGGUCGUGGUCGUGGUCGUGGUCGAGGUCGAAGAGGAGUUCGUGGUCCUUCUGUAAGUUGA